AUGGCCUUUCCCUCAAUCCCACAUCCCUUUCCCCCCAAGCAGACAAAAUCCCCCGCUCCUCUUUACCCAGUGGACGAUACACAUCUCCUCCGCUUCCCCCAUAUUCCCCUCCUCUAUCCCUGUAGUCCCCUCCUCUUUCCCCCCCUUCCCCUCCUCUCCCAACCACAUCCCUUCCUCUCCCCUCAAAUUCUCCUCCUCUUUCCACCCAUCCUCUUCCUUCUCCCCUCACUUCCACUCUCCUCCCUCCCAUCUCCCCUCCCCUGCCCUCUCCCCUCCCCCUUCCGCCCUCCCCCAUCCACUCCCCUCGCCCACCCCUCCCAUCCAACACCCCCCUCUGCACCACUCCCCCCACGUCCCUCCCUGGAACGUCAACACCAGUACCCCAACCUAAUGUCUUCUCCCGAUGCAAGCUUAGGUUUCGGGACAUCUCAGUUUGAACCCGCUGCGCCAAGUCAUGAUGGUGAUGCAGGCUCAGUGGGGUCUCUACACUACGUCGUGGCGAUGUGGGAUUACGCGGCCGGUCGAAACUCGGUCGGGGGGACAGGUCAUGGAGCAAGGCGGGUGGGGAGCGUACUCGCACCACUGGCAUUGCAGCAGAGGCAGGGAGGGAGACACGGAGAGGAACGGCAGGUGGUGUGUUCAGGAACCGACCUUCGGGGUUGCUUCCUGGAAUACCUGGGGCAGAAGGGAGUGCGUGGAUUGCCGGAUGAGCUUGGGAAGGCGGGGUAA